CCACCACCACGAUCGACACACUUGCUACCAAAUUCAUGGCCGGCACCGCUGAAUUUCCGUUUGCUUCUUCAUUUCCGACUGGUUUUGGUUUCCGUCCCACGGAGGAGGAGCUCAUCACCUACUACCUAAAGAACAAGAAUGUUGGCAAGGAGUAUCUUGUUAGAUUUAUCAAGGAGAUUGAUCUGUACAAGUUCGAUCCCGAGCAACUCCCAGAGAAAUCAUUUAUCCCCUCUGAUAAUUUUGAGUGGUUUUUCUUUCGGGCCAACACCUCCAACACUAAAAGAACCACCACUACUGGCUGCUGGAAAUCCACCGGUAAACCCCGCCGAAUCAAGGCUCGAGGAACCAACGAACUGAUCGGAACUAGACACAUUUUUGUGUUCCAUCGAGGCAAGGGAGCCAGGGCUGUAAAGACCAAUUGGGUUAUACACGAGUAUAUGCUUCACCCACUUGCAGACAUCACUUCCCAGCCAUUCAUCAUUAUUCGAUUGAAGGAAAAUGCAGAAGAGAGACAUGUUUGUGACCAAGAAGAUGGACAGAACAGUGCCAUUGCUUCUCACCGGACUAAGAAAGUCACACAGGUAGGAGCAAUUCGGGAGAUGAACAGAGGCGAACAAUCGAUCUGUGAGCCCCUAGGGAGUUGUACCCAGCAACCUGUGGAUGCCUAUGAUGAUGAUGAUGGUGAAAAUGAAAAUCUGACACAGUUUGUUAACUCGUUAAUCAAGGACGGAAGCUUAGAUGACGAUGCGACCUCAAGGAUAUGUAGGUCCCCAUUGCGUUCCGAAGUAAAUAAGCAAUCAUUUGAGAGUGAAUUUGAUGUCUUGAUGAAGUUGGUGUCCGAUGAUAAAAAAUGGGAGGAGAUGACAUCAAACAACCACUUUAACCGCCGCAACAACAAAACAAGGAUUGUGAGGACUCAUCAACUUCAAAGUGGACGUUUCCAACUUCAAGGUGGAUAUUGUUGUGGAGACACUAAUACCAAUAAUACAUACGGACUGAUCUAUGUUGCUGUAGCAUUGCUAGGCAUCAUAAUGUUUGCCAAGAUGUGGUGCUAUACCGAGACAGACGCUGAAGAUUGGCAUGAAGAGUUGUAUUAAUCUGAUCUUCUUCAUAUCAUGUAUCUCUCUUCGGCCUAACACAAGGAUUGAAGCUUUGUCACCAAAACUUUCACAAAAAUAAAAAAAAAAUAAUAAUAAAGAUUUUA